AAGUGCUUGCCUGUGGUUGGCUGGUUCCUUUCCCCGGAAAGAAUUCUCGGUGCUCCUCGUGCGGAGGCUGUUGCCCCGAGUAACCGGGUGAAAGGAGGCAAAAAAGGAGGUCUGGGGCUGAGAAAGGAGGAGGGAGUGUCUGUGGGAGCUUCGUCUGUUCCCACGCUCUCCUACCGAAGAAGCCCAAGAAGGUCUUCUCUUCUUACCAAGCAACAUAUACUCCAUUGGAAGCGGUUCUAUAAUCAAACACAAUACCUGCUAGAAUGUCUGGAGCUGAAGAGGCUGGUGAUAUGUUAUCUGAAGUGACCCUGAAUGAUGCAUGUGAAACAUUAAGUGAGAACUGUGAAGUCAGUACUGACACAAAACCUAAAGAUAUUAUAGUCACAAUUGGGGCUACUGUACCAACUGGCUUUGAGGCAACUGCAGCAGAUGAAGUGCAGGAGAAACUAGGAUCAAAGUCCAGAAUUAGUAAGGAUCGAGGGAAAAUCUAUUUUGAAAUUCCAGCCAUCAGACUUCCACAGGUUCAUCAGUUGCGAUCAGUUGACAACCUAUUUGUUGUAGUUCAAGAAUUUAAAGAUUAUCAGUUUAAAGAAACUAAGGAGGACGCUCUAAAGGAUUUAGAGGACUUGGCUAAGAAACUGCCUUGGACUGAUGCUUUGGAAGUAUGGAAGUUAAAUACAAAUCUUAAGAAAAGGAAAACAAGACGAAAGAGAGGCAAUCAACAAGGCAAUUCAAAGAAAGAGAAGCCAAAAGAAGAUGGAUGUGAGCAGGAAGCUGUUGGUAAAGAAAUGGAUGAUCCAGUACAAAAUAGUUUGGAGGCUGCUGAAAUCCAGGACUCCGAAUGUACUGAUGAAAAGGUACCACUUGAUGAAGAUGAGCAGUCUGAUCCUAAAGAAGAGCUGGCAUCCAAUGAUGAAAACAAGAAUGAAUUAGAAGACUGUAAGAAGUGUGAAAUGGAUUCUGAGACACUGAAGUUCAGGGUGACUUGCAACAGAGCUGGAGAUAAACACAGCUUUAAAUCAAAUGAGGCAGCAAGAGAUUUUGGAGGAGCAGUUCAAGAUUUUUUCCAGUGGAAAGCAGACAUGACUAAUUUUGAUGUAGAGGUUCUUCUCAACAUCCACAACAAUGAAGUAGUAGUGGGGAUUGCCUUGACAGAGGAGAGUCUUCACCGAAGAAAUAUUACACAUUUUGGGCCCACAACGCUACGAUCUACUUUAGCUUAUGGUAUGCUUAGAUAUCUUUGCUAUGUCACAAAGAAACAACAAAGAAGGCUAUGUGAUCCUCAGCCAGCUGAUAUAAUAAUUGAUCCAAUGUGUGGGACAGGUGCUAUACCAAUAGAGGGGGCUGCUGAGUGGCCUAAUUGCUAUCAUAUUGCAGGAGAUAACAACCCACAGGCUGUGAAAAGAACAGCAAAUAAUAUAUCCUCUUUACUGAAGCAAAUUCGAAGUAAAGAAAGUAGCAUAUCUGCAGGAAAACCCAUUGAUAGUAUUCAGUGGGAUAGUUGCAGUCUACCAUUGAGGACUGGCUCUGUGGAUGUCAUUGUAACAGAUAUGCCAUUUGGAAAGAGAAUAGGAUCUAAGAAAAAGAAUUGGGAUCUCUAUCCAUCCUGUCUUAUGGAGAUGGGUCGAAUCUGCAGACCAAAAACUGGCAGAGCUGUAUUGCUGACCCAAGAUAGGAAGUGUUUUGCAAAGGCCUUGUCAAAGAUGGGGCAUCUGUGGCGGAAAUCUCACACCAUCUGGGUGAAUGUGGGGGGACUCCAUGCCGCUGUUUACCUCCUGAAACGCACUGCAGAGAAAAACGAAGAUUUACGAUCACACUGGUAAAGUCUUGGCCAGUAUACCUGAGUACACUUGCAUUUUGAAAGCCAUGUGUAAAAUGUCUGAUUGAGAUUCCAGUUCAGAUUAUACCUAUAUUGAGUUAGGCUGAAAAUAUGAACAAGUAGCCAAGCUUAAUGAGCAGGAUCAUUUGUGUCAUAUCCAGCUAGAACCUCCUGAAGGAGUGUUCUGUGCUCAAGUAGAAAAAUGUAACCAGUUUAUUCAUAAAACUACUAAUUUUUCCAUGUGCUUGUGAAUCUGACUAAAUGUUUCAGUUUGGGUGCUAAUAUAGCUUUCAUUUUCACGAGGCAAGUUACCUGCUUUUGUGGAAAGGCUAGUAUGGUAUAACAGUAACCUGAUUGUAGAAAGGCCCAUUUAAAACACUGUUUUAGAAUCCUGAAGACAGGAUUUUUCCUUGAGUGUUAAUCAGCUUAGAAUAUCUUUUAGGUAGGCAAGGUUACUUUAAUGAUAAGAUUCUGCCAUUGGAGAAACUUCUCCACUUCAUUUUGUUUUUGCCAAAAAUGGGCAAGAGGAAUCUUAGAAAGUUUCACAACUGUUCAUAACUUGAUAAGUAAGGGGACUCUGAAUUACAGCCAAAACUCUUUAGUGCUUCCUGGUUUCUCACCUGCUACCUCAGUUCCAUCAUUUACUUUGAUAUGUUGUGUAAUACUGCUGAAAAUAUGUACCAUCAGCCUUUGUAGUUUCUAUAGUCAUGGUUAUAAUUCAAAAUGAGACUUGAAAAAUGCUGUAGCUGCUUUCACAUAUAUUUCUUUUCCUUUGGACACAUGAUUAAUUCAGACAACCUAAUCUUAACAGUGAUAAGCAGAUAACAAUGUCACUUCCUUGUAAAGAGCAGACAACAGCUGCAAAACAGUAACCUCUUUUGAACAAAUAUCCAGGGUCACAACUGUAUUUGAAAGAUGGUUUUUAGUAGAUUGUGUCCAUUGUUUCUGUGAAUAUUGCAAAUGUGAGAGCCCUUUCUGUAGCAAUUUGAAACAAAUAGUAAAAGGAAACCUAAUUUAUUCAUUAAUUUUGGAUUGGAAUCACUGUCCGUUAGUUUAGAAAUAACAUAGAGAUACAUGUUUAAACAUGUUUUAAUUAAAGGAAGAUGGGAAUAUGUAGCUUUGAAAAGAUACUGAGUUUUUUUCAUAAGAAAUAAAGCACCAGCACUGUUCCAUUUAACUGUAAAAACAUUGUCUUUAAAGCACUUUUGCCUUCCCAGGUUAUAGUCUGUUGAUAUUGGGGAUUGUUUUCAUUUUUCACAGUAGUAUGUUGUAUUAAAUUUAAUUUUUACCUAUAUGUAAUAAACGUUUGUACCAUC